GAGAAGGUUUGCGUGCUCUUUCAAUUAUCAGUAAGCAAAGUAUGGAAGGCCGCGGUCGAGACAAUGCCCAGCUAAUAAUAGGUGGAAAGCAGCAGAAUGGAUCGAUCAAAAGCAACUCAAAAGUUCACGCAUCAACAAUGAUGGAUUUGCAAGUCCAAGAAAAGCAAAUACAACCUUUUUCAGCUUCAGCAAGUUCCCAUGGCCAAUUUUCCUGCCCCAUCUGCUCGAACAACAAUGUUUGCCAAGUGGUUCGAUCAAGAACCAAGUUGAUGAAUAUUUUGGUUCAGAAGAGAAAGCCCCAAGAAGUGCAUUUUGUUUUUAAAGCCUUGACAGAAGAAGGGCACAGGCCGACUCUUGUAACUUACACUACUGUUUUAGCAGCUCUCACACUACAGAAACGAUUCAAGUCGAUUCCUUCUCUACUUUCUAAAGUGGAAAAGAAUGGGCUUAAACCUGACUCAAUAUUCUUCAAUGCAAUGAUCAAUGCCUUCUCUGAAUCCGGGAAUAUGGGAGAGGCUAUGAAAAUUUUCCGGAAAAUGAGAGACAAAGGAUGUAAGCCAACAACCAGUACCUUCAACACCUUGAUUAAGGGAUUCGGUAUUGUUGGCAAGCCUGAGGAGUCUUUGAAACUGUUCGAUAUCAUGUUACAAGAAGAGGGUGUGAAACCCAAUGACAGGACGUAUAAUAUUCUUGUCCAAGCAUGGUGUAGCAAGGGUGACAUUGAAGAAUCAUGGAGUGUGGUGCAUAGAAUGAUCUCGAAUGGAGUUAAGCCUGAUUCUGUGACGUACAACACCAUUGCAAAGGCCUAUGCUCGGAAAGGGGAAACUGCAAGAGCUGAAGCUAUGAUUUUCCAGAUGCAGAACGAAAAGGUGGAGCCUAAUGAGCGGACUUGUGGAAUCAUUGUCGAUGGCUACUGUAAGGAAGGGAACAUGACGGAUGCACUGAGAUUCUUGCAUAGAAUGAAAGACCUCCGAGUGCAUCCCAAUCUGGUUGUGUUCAACACUCUCAUCAAAGGAUUUCUCGACGCCAAUGACCCUGAUGGAGUUGAUGAGGCGCUGACUUUAAUGGAAGAAUUCGGAGUGAAACCUGAUGUGGUAACAUUCAGCACAAUCAUGAACGCUUGGAGUUCCGAUGGCCAGAUGGACAAGUGUCGAGAAAUAUUUGACGACAUGGACAAGGCAAGGAUAGAACCUGACGUCCACGUGUUCAGCAUUCUGGCGAAAGGGUAUGUGCGGGCAGGACAACCUGAGAAGGCCGAGGAGCUCUUACAACUCAUGCUCGAAUCAGGAGUUUAUCCAAAUGCCGUAAUAUUCACUACCAUCAUCAGCGGGUGGUGCAGCGCAGGGAAAAUGGAGUGCGCCGAGAGGAUCUACUGUCAGAUGUGCGAGAUGGACGUGCCCCCUAAUUUGAAGACGUUCGAAACACUCGUCUGGGGAUAUGGCGAAGCAAAGCAGCCAUGGCGAGCCGAGGAGUUUCUUCACAUCAUGGAGGAAAAAGGCGUCCGUCCUCCCAAGAAAACUGUGCAGCUCGUUGCUGAUGCAUGGCGAGCCAUCGGUUUUUUGCAUGAAGCCAAGAGAAUCGCAGAAGAUGAACAGGCCUUCGCAUCGAAUAAAAACGGGGACAAGAGUGAUGAAUAUUAUCAGAACGGCUAUCGAUCGAGCUUUCUUGCAACCUCAGAUGGAAUAGUGAAUCGUCAGAAUGGGGCAACUGCGGCCACAGGGAAGAGCCGGAUGGCAGUGAAAGCCCCGUCGAAGUAUCAUUCGAGAUGCAUAGGUGCCGCGGCGAAGUUCGUCGUUGUUUCGAACAUUUGUGGGCUCAAAGCAAACGCAUUGACCGCUGCAGCUCCAAUCCAUGGAAGAAAUUUAUGGGUAUGGAAGGUGUCGUAACGUAGUGUUCUUAAAUGGAGGAGUGUUUGGUGAUUCUUGCUCAUUCUGCAGAUGAAGAAACUGUGCUUCAGAUUCAAGAUGUGUUAUUUUAUUACAUGCAUCUUAAUAUAGCUUCUUGUUGGAUGCAAAGUUAUCUUUAAUUACAGAUUUGAUUUGUGAUAUGAAUGUUGCAAUUGAAAAUUGAAAUGUACGAAAUGUUACAGUUGAAGACAAUUUAAUAAGCAGCGCCAUCUUAUUAUUA